CACCGAAUCCUCACCAUGUCCCAUGAAGCGCUGAACCCUAUCCACCCGGCCGUCUUGCCGCAUCUCGACCCUGCCUUUGUCGACCUCUACAAUAGACAUGUUGCUCACACUCCAAGCGGACCAGUUGAUCUCGCCGUCCUUCGAUCCAAGUAUUCGGUUCUCUACUCCUACGGUACCGGUCCAGCACCAGAGCCUGCGCGUGUCUACGACACCACGAUCCCAGGUCACGAGGGGAAUCUAAUUCCUUGCCGGGUGUAUGAGCCCGACUGCCCUGGACCCUGGCCGGUCCACGUCGACUUCCACGGUGGUGGCUGGGGCCUCGGCGACCUAGACACCGAAUCGCACAUCUGCAAACACAUCGCCGUCAAGGCGAAAGUGGCCGUAAUCGACGUCGCCUACCGCCUGGUCCCCGAACACGCUUUCCCCAUCGGCAUCCAAGACUCCUUUGCUGCAGUGCAACAUCUGGCGUCGUCUGCCGGCCGUGCGCAGUUCCCCGGCCUCGACACCAGCCGUAUCUCCCUCGGAGGUGUGUCCGCGGGGGGCAACAUCGCGUUGAUCCUCGCCCACCUGGCGCGCGACCACGGAAUUCCCCUGCGGUUGGUGGCAGUGGGCACCCCGGUCAUCGAUGAUAUCUCCGCCUACGCGACGGCCGCCGACUCGCCGUUCCCGUCCAUGCAGGCGAUGGAGUUCGCGCCCACGCUGAACUGGGCGCGGUUGAAGUGGUUCGAUGAGUUGAAGUGGCGUAGUCUCAGCACGGCGGAGGACGUGCGCAAGCAGCAGCUGGCGGAGGUGAAGUGGUAUGCUGACGCUCUCAGCGCUGCAGACUUUACCGGGUUGGCGCGCACGGUCAUCUACACGGCGGGCUGCGAUCCACUGCGGGAUGAGGGGGAGGCCUAUGCCCGGAAGCUGAUCGAGGGGGGCUGUGAGGUGACGGUACGGCGGUUCGAGGGGGUGCCCCAUCCGUUUAUGCAUAUGGAUAAAGAUCUCUGGCAGGCACGAGAGUUCAUUGACUUGAUUGCUGGGCAUGUGAAGACGGCGUUGCAUGAUGUACAGUAG